AUGACAAAAUCGCCAGAAGAUAUCGCGGUCGACGAACCGGUGGUAUUAGAGCAAACCGAUGGUGAGUUGGGAACAAGCACGAGUCCCGAACCAAAACCAGAACUAGAGGCCGGACCUGAUCAGGAGAUGGACGAGCUGAUGGAUAUAGACAACUCCAACGACGUGAAGAUCGAAAACGGAGAUUCACAGCCACAACAACAAGAAGUGGAUGAAAAUGACAUAAAACAGGAAUUCCACCAAGAGACCGUUCCUUCGCCACAUGAAAACGCUACAGAGACAGAGAAAACUAAAAGUCCCCUUACCCAACAGGACUCUGUUCCAAGUGACUUUAUGUUCACCUCGAAACCUGAACAGGAGACAACGAUCACCAUGACGUCGUUAGAAAAACAAACACAUACAAUUGUUCUUCCUUCGUACAGCUCGUGGUUCGACAUGAAGAAGGUCCAUAAGAUCGAGAAGGACUCGUUCCCCGAGUUCUUCAACGAAUCCAACAAAAACAAGACCCCCCAGAUUUAUGCGAAAUAUAGAAACUUUAUGAUCAACUCAUACAGACUGAAUCCCAACGAAUAUUUAUCAUUCACUGCCAUUAGAAGAAACCUUGUUGGAGAUGCAGGUACAUUACUUCGAUUGCAUAAGUUUCUGGACAAAUGGGGGCUGAUUAACUACCAGGUUGAUCCCGAAACAAGACCGGUUCCUGUUGAGCCUCCGUACACGGGGGAUUUCACCGUGGAUUUCGACACCCCUCGGGGACUUUUCCCAUUUGAAAGCUACAAGCCUCCUGUGGAGCUACCAGACCUCACCAAGUUAAAGGAACUACUUAAGUCGAGUGGUUCGCUGGAAAGCUCGAACGGAGACUCUGUGAAAAGACGCAAGAUUAUAAAGCCAGAUAUCAACAAAGGCUGGUCCGAGACAGAUUUGGAGAAGCUUGUGGAAGGCGUGAAGCAGUUUCCGAACGAAUGGUACAAGAUUGCAGAGCAUGUUGGUAACAAGACACCCGAGCAGUGUAUUCUUCGGUUCUUGCAGUUCCCUAUCGAGGACGAGUUUCUUGAGAAAAACAAGGAGCUUCUUGGACCUUUAAAGUACGUUCCGAACCUAUCUUUUUCUCCGAACGACAACCCGAUCAUGUCGACAUUGGCGUUUUUGACGACGUUGGUCGACUCGGACGCGGCCCAUGCUGCUGCUGCGCGUGCUAACAAAGUACUGGACGACAAGACCGCUGAGAAGCUGGACAAGCCGGAGGAAGUGAAGGAGGAGAGCGAGACGGACCCGUUACAGGACGUGAAGGACGCUGCUGCCACAACGUUUGGGCUGGCGGCCGCACGGUCGCACGUGUUCGCCAACUACGAGGAAAGAGAGAUGAACAAGGCGAUGACCUCUGUCGUGAACAACACUCUGAAGUUGGUGGAGCUCAAGUUGGGGAAGUUGAGCAAACUAGACAAACUGAUUGAGUAUCAGAAGAAACAGCUGGCCAGCAAGGGCGACGAGCUGUUUUUGGACCGGCUGUCGUUUUUCAAAACGACCAACAGCGUGUCGUCGAAGCUGCUACAAGCGAUUGAGAUUUUGGAACAACAAGGCGAUGUGGAUUCCAAGGUGAAGAAGCUUGUUACGGACGCGCGCGAGUUGAUUCUGAAACCUCAAAAGACGAGUCUGAACGUUCUUGGAUACGAGGCCAAGGACGAAGAGCCUGGUGCGGGUGAGGAGGAGGAAGUGAAGCCUGUGAGCUACGAGACUCCGCAGUUGUAUAGAUACUGGUCUGGAUGA